AUGGCGCUUCUCAACGGCAACACAAUGGGUUCCAAAAGGCUAAUCCGGAGAAAGCUCGUCAUCGUCGGUGAUGGCGCCUGCGGCAAGACGUCGCUCCUAUGCUCCUUUGCCCUCGGCGAGUUUCCCAAGGAAUACCCCUCGAUCUUCGAGAACUGUGUUGCGGAGAUAAGACUAGAUGGAAAACCCGCGCAGCCCGCAUUAUGGGAUACUGCCGGCCAAGAAGAAUACGAGCGUUUACGGCCAAUGUCCUACUCCAAGUCGCAUGUCAUCCUGAUCGCGUUCGCGAUUGAUACGCCGGACUCGUUGGAAAAUGUCACUGUAAAGUGGAUAGAGGAAGUACGUUCGAUUUGUGGGCCUACGAUCCCGGUUCUUCUCGUUGGGUGCAAGUCAGGUCUACGACCACCAGAAGGCUCGCCGUCCUCGCAACAGUUCGUGACGCGCGCCGAGGCGGAGCGCGUGGCGCAGCUGAUCGGGGCGCGCGCGUACAGGGAGUGGAGCGCGCUGAAGAUUGAGGGUGUUGAUGAUGUGUUUGAGGCGGCGACGAGGGCGAGCAUGCUCAUGCGGGAGGGCGUGCCAUCGCAUGUGCCCAGUGCGGGGCAUGAGCGACGCGGGAGCCGGGGUGCGAGUAGGGAGUGGGAGGGGAAUAAGUGUUGUGUUAUUUGUUGA